UGCGUGUGCGUGUGCGUGUGCGUGCUUGGGAGGGAGUGUUGGGGAAAUUUACAACUACUUACCAGAAAUGAGUCAUCACUUUAGAAGCAGACACAAUGAAGGUCUUCACAAAGUGCAAGUGGCUCUUUAAUACAUUACAACAUUUCCCCUUUGGCCAUAAUGAGAAAACUAGAAGAAAAAAAACAACAACUACAGUAUCAGCAUAAAAUUUUUGGCAGAAGAAUUAGCACAAUCUCAAAGGAAUCAUAGAAAUCUCUAAUUAUGUCUUUUUCCUACUGCUAGAUGAAAAGGCUUUUCACUCUUAGGCUCUGAUUUCUCUCUCUCUCUUGCUGUCUCUCACUUUCUCUCUUUGUCUCUCUCUCUCUCUCUUUCUCUCUCUCUCUCACAUGAAUACACACGUCAUUUGUGAUCUCCUUGUUUUGAAGGUUUUCAGUUCACGUCCUCCAGAGCGUCUAGUCGGCAGGCGUCUCUUUAUGAUUUUGUAAUGAUUAACUUUACAUACAUAAAAAGCGUAGAGAAACCAAGAACUCUGGGACGAGCAAAAGAAGAAGUGAAGAGAAAAAAACAUCCUCCACAGGUCUGUGAACUGCGGGACGGUUAACAAUGGAGUUCACGGUUUUGCUCUUCCUUUUACCUGCAUUUACGCUCACAAUGCAAGCUCUUUUACGGUCCUGCCGUGGCAUUUCAGUCACUCUCAGCCCAGACUCGGUAAACUUGGAGGUGAGCCCCGAGAUAUUCGCAGAGUGUGGCAAACCGGUUUCCCUUCACUGCAACUCUUCAUCACCUCAGCAUGGACUAUUAGUCAAAUACAUGGAGUGGUCCCAUGGCAACAUGUCUUUAUGUUCGGUGGACAGCGAACAAGCAAUAACCAAAUUACAAAGACACUACGAAAGUGACUUUGACUGCAAGUACGAAGAUGGACGACUGUCUUUGGAGUUUGAAAGAAUGCUGCCUCUGCAGAGCGGACAGUACAGGUGCAAACUGCGCUCCAACAAAGGAGUGGCAAAUGAAUGCACAAAGGUGCAGCUGCAAGAUUUCUGUGGGAAAGUGGAAGCUGUUUUAAGGAGUGAUGGUCCAUCCUGCAUCUUCAACCACGUCUAUCCGGACGGGGAUGUGCACUGGUUUCACGACUCUCGUAACGUCUCAGACGGGUCCGUGAUGCAGCACACUGCUAAAAGCAUCGACAACCACGGCUGGAUGAUCAUACAGAGUUGGUUGACCCUAAACGGUACAUCGGAGAGAAGUUCACACAAGCCAUACAACUGCUCUUUGAGAAGUUCUACUUCUGGGAAAUACAUUGCAAGUACUUUAGUUCAGAAACAUGAACGUGGGGCCGUUCGAGGUGCUAUAGGGUACGGCCGCUCUGCAGGAAACAGAGAGAGCUCACAGCAAGCUGGGAAGAUUGCUUUGGCUAUUUUAGUCACACUCAUUUCCAUGUUAAAAUAAUGAACUGUGCAAAGUAAAAACUCACUCUGGGGAAUGAUAAAACGUCAGAGUAAAUGAUUAGUAAUCUGUUCCAUCAUUAAUAAGAUGGUAGUCAGAAUCUAUUAAAGAACUAUGGCAACCAAA